AUGUUCGCCAUUCCCAGACGAGAGCGCAUCUGCCUCGAGGUGGACAUGGCCACGAAUUGUCAUCAAGAUGGCGGCCCGUCCACGUUUAGAGUCUCGAGUCUAGACGUUGCGAACCUUUGCCCCGCCUCUCCGGCAAAUCCCCGGCCCACCGAGGCUCCGCCCAACCUCCGCUCGACAAACCACCAAAGAGUCCCCCCCGAGCAUCAUCAACCAUCAAGAAAAGUGCCAGCAGCUAUGAUCCGCCAGCCCUGGCGCCUAGGCAUGCGCCGGCCGCCGCUGCCACCGCUCCCUCGCCCACGCCUCACACCACAUCCCCGUCCUCGUCCCAAUCCAACCACCAGCACCAGCUCCAGCACCAGCUCCAGCCUCAACAGCACAAGGCCCUCCUCAACAGCGACAGUCACAGCCGCCGAGCAGGAAGAACCGUCCAUGACGCCCGCCGAGUCCGCCAUCGCCGACCUCCUCCGCGCCAAGCUCCAGCCCACGGAGCUCCUCGUGCGCGACGUAUCCGGCGGCUGCGGCAGCAUGUACGCCAUCGACAUCGCCUCGCCGGCCUUCAAGGGCGCCACCAUGCUCAAGCAGCAGCGCAUGGUCAACGCCGCCCUGGCCGACGUCAUGCGCGGCUGGCACGGGGUCCAGCUCAACACGCGCGUGUCCGAGUAG